GCUAACAGUGUGAGAAACGCGGGCACUGAGUUAGGACAUGAGGAAGAGAAAUAAACUCUUAUUUACUCCCAGGACAGAGUCACACCGCGGAAUCCUUCUCAGCAUGUGAAUUUAUGGAGACAGGAGCGAAAAAAAUGCAGGCGCCUCGGCUUGUUCAGUGUUUUGUGCUGGCGGUUGCUGUCAUCCGGACGAGUCGCGCGCAGGCAGUAUGUGAGGGCACCGAUAACAAGCUCAGCACCUUGUCAGAUCUGGACCAGCACUACCACACUCUGCGCAAGUUCUAUGAGAACUGUGAGGUGGUGAUGGGAAACCUGGAGAUCACCAGCGUCGAGCGGAAUCGCAACCUCAACUUUCUCAAGUCGAUCCGCGAGGUGACCGGUUAUGUCCUGGUGGCUCUGAACCAGUUCGACUAUCUGCCUCUGGAGAACCUGCGCAUUAUCCGCGGUGCCAAACUGUAUGAAGGCCGUUAUGCUCUGGCCAUCUUCCUCAACUACAGGAGAGACGAAUACUUCGGUCUGCGUCAACUCGGCCUCAACAACCUCACUGAGAUCCUGAACGGUGGUGUGUAUGUGGAUCAGAACAAGUUCCUGUGCCACGCAGACACCAUCCACUGGCGGGAUAUCAUGAAGAACCCUCAUGCCGAGCUGCUGGUGGUGCCGUCCAACAACAGCGGCUACUUGUGCAGACAAUGCCAUCGAUCCUGUAAUGGACGCUGUUGGGGACACCAAGAGAAUCAGUGCCAAAUCUUAACGAAGACAGUGUGUGCUGAUCAGUGUGACAGUCGCUGUUUCAGUCCAUAUGUCAGUGACUGCUGUCACCGCGAGUGUGCUGGAGGCUGUUCAGGACCCAAACACACCGACUGCUUCGCUUGUACUAACUUUAAUGACAGUGGCGCUUGUGUGACUCAGUGUCCCCAACCUUUCAUCUACAACCCAACAACCUUCCAGUUGGAGCACAAUCCUAAAGUUAGAUACACAUAUGGAGCAUUCUGUGUCAAGAAAUGUCCACACAACUUUGUAGUGGAUCACAGCUCCUGUGUUCGAGCCUGCCCAAGUAACAAGAUGGAGGUGGAGGAGAACCAUGUCAGGAUGUGUGUCCCCUGCACUGACAUCUGUCCUAAAGUGUGUGAUGGUAUCGGGACGGGCAGUUUACACACAGCCCAGACUGUCGACUCCAGCAACAUCGACAAGUUCAUCAACUGCACCAAAAUCAAUGGCAACCUGAUUUUCCUCGUCACUGGGAUUAAAGGAGACAUGUACCACGGUAUCAGAGCUUUGGAUCCUGAGAGACUCAGCGUGUUCCUCACAGUUAAAGAGAUCACAGGUUUCUUGAACAUCCAGUCAUGGCCGGAGAACAUGACAGACUUCAGCGUGUUCUCCAACUUGAGCAUCAUUGGAGGAAGAACGCUUUAUAGUGGUGUCUCUCUGCUGAUCCUGAAGCAGCGCUGGAUCACAUCCCUGAGCUUCCAGUCUCUCCAGGAGAUCAGUGCUGGGAACGUAUACAUCAGCAACAACAGUCAGUUGUGUUUCUAUCACACGCUGAACUGGACGAGGCUUUUUCGCUCCAGCAGUCAGAGAUCACUACUGAACAACAACAAGGAGAUGCAACAGUGCAUUACAGAGCAGCAUGUGUGUGAAAAGCUGUGUUCAGAAGCAGGAUGUUGGGGUCCCGGUCCUGACCAGUGUGUGUCCUGUAGGUACUACAGUCGUGGGAGGACAUGUGUAAAGUCCUGCAACCUCUACCACGGAGAAUUUCGGGAGUUCAUCAAUGGAUCAGUAUGUGUGGCGUGUGACAGCCAGUGUGAGAAAUCUGGAGAUAAAACAUUGACCUGUCACGGACCAGGUGCAGAUCAAUGUAUGAAGUGUGUUCAUGUGAAAGAUGGCCCCAGUUGUGUGGAGAAAUGUCCUGAUGGGCUGCAGGGUGCCGACAGUUUCAUUUUCAAAUACGCUCACAGCAACAAUGAGUGUAGACCCUGCCACACCCACUGCACCCGGGGAUGCACUGGACCUCAGAUUCAAGACUGCAUUGGAAUAAUGGACAGGACUCCUCUGAUUGCAGCUGGAGUUAUCGGGAUGAUGUUUGUGCUUGUGAUUGUGGUGCUUGGUUUUGCUGUUUACAUCAGACGAAAGAGCAUCAAGAAGAAGAGAGUGUUACGGCGCUUUCUGGAAUCCGAGCUCUUGGAGCCUCUUAAAACCAGUGGAACAGCAGUGAAUCAGGCUCAGCUGCGCUUACUAAAGGAAACUGAAGUGAAGAGGGUUAAAAUCUUGGGAUCUGGAACCUUCAGUACUGUUUACAAGGGCAUCUGGAUACCUGAAGGUGAGAGUGUGAAAAUCUCAGUGGCUGUAAAAGUCCUCAGUGAAACUACAGGACUGAAAUCCAAUGCAAAGUUUCUGGAUGAGGCUGUGCUGAUGUCCAGCAUGGAUCACCCGCACCUGCUGCGUCUGCUCGGGGUGUGUGUGAGCCCGAACGUGCAGCUGGUGACCCAAUUCAUGCCCCAUGGCUGCCUGCUGGAUUAUGUUCACGAGCACAAGGACAAUGUUGGCUCUCAGCUGCUGCUCAAUUGGUGUGUGCAGAUUGCCAAGGGUAUGAUGUACUUGGAGGAGAGAAGGCUGGUCCAUAGAAACUUGUCUGCUCAUAAUGUUGUGGUGAAAUCCCCAAACCACAUCAAGAUCACCGACUUUGGGCUUGCUCAGCUUCUGGGUGCUGAGAUGGAGUACAAUACAGAUGAAAACAAGAUGCUCAUCAAGUGGAUGGCACUGGAAUGUAUUCACUACAGAAAGUUUACGCACCAGAGUGAUGUUUGGAGUUAUGGAGUGACCAUUUGGGAACUGAUGACAUUCGGAGAAAAGCCAUAUGAUGGCAUUCCCAAUCGAGAGAUCCCGGAUAUUCUGGAGAAAGGAGAACGUCUGGCUCAACCUCCUACAUGCACCAUUGAUGUCUACAUGGUCAUGGUCAAAUGUUGGAUGAUCGAUGCUGACAGUCGGCCCAGGUUUAAAGAGCUCGCUACAGAGUUCUGUAGGAUGGCAAGAGACCCUCAGAGAUACCUAGUCAUCCAGGGAGAUGACUGCAUGAAGCUGCCCAGCCCCAACCACACUCAAUUCUUCCACAGUCUUUUGGAUGAGAAUGAACUUGGAGAUGUGAUGGAUGCUGAUGAGUACCUGGUUCCUCAAAACCUCAAAGCUUCUGUUUCCUCCCAUCCUUCCAGUCCUCAUCUGGAUUCCAGUCGGGGACUGAGUGACGAGACAAUAGGAACACAGAGUUGUGAGGCAGCCACGUUGUCUGGUGAAUUGUUUUUCCCAGUGAAGCCUGCGAAGGAGGAGCAGCUCUGUCAUGGAAAGCUGAAGAAGAAGCUCAGCACUGCCUUUGUGGAGGACAGCAGCUGUCAGCGCUACAGUACAGAUCCUGCUGCAGUCCUGAAAGAAAGAACCCAGAGUAGAAGUGCUGAAGAGGAUCGCUGUGUGGUCGCCAGGAACGACAAGAGUUUCUCAGACCCUAUUGAGGAGAAUCCUUUCAUCACACACCAGAAAAACAGAGAGAUUCAUGCACUGGACAACCCAGGUUACCUUGGCAACCAUGAUGGACAGCUCAAGACUGAGAAUGAGAGCAUUAACACUCCUCUACACCACAACAGAGAUGAGAUAAUGCAGGAGACCCUGAAGAAAAGCGGGGUUUCUCUUCCUCUGCUGUCCAGAACAACAAGCAGGAUGACAACCAGCCACGUAAAUCUCAGCACUCAGUCAGACAGACCACAUGUUCAUUUUACAAUUCCACCAGUUCAGCCUCCUCAAAGUGGACCAAUGAGUCAAAAUGGCCACCAUCUCCGUUCAGGUCAUGGUCUAUGUACUGAUUAUCCAAAGAAGUAUGUCCUUCCUUCAGUAACAGGACAAAUAUGCCACAUCAGCCACCAAAUCCAGCCUGGUUCUCCUGGUCCUGCUCACGUCUCACACCAACACGAUAGUGUUAAAAAUAGCAGCACUGCUCUACCAGGCCGUGUAAUCCAUCAAAGCAGCACAACAGAAACAGGUCAUGCUGGAACAAGCAAGAAGUCCUUACACACAAACAAUCCAGAGAAGCGGCAUCACAGCCUUCCAGCCAGUGUUCCACAGCAUCCUCCUCCAGAUCCCUCACUGGUCUGCAGGAACAAUUUCAUCUACAAGCAGAAUGGCCGUGAGAACCCAGAGAAACCAUCAGAGUCCAGCAUGAAGCCAGGAACAUUUCUGCCUCCUCCACCAUAUAGACACAGAAAUACUGUCGUGUAA